AUGCCGACGACGAUCAAGCGUCCAGCGGCUGCCCUUCCGCCCGCCAGAGCUGUGUAUAAAACACAUCUCACACGAUGCUUUUGCUCUUCGAACUCCGUCCUGAAGCCAGGUCACGAGAUCAAUGCCAUCCUCUACGGCAUGAGCGGAAUGGAACGCAUUAUCGUGAAGAGCUUCCGCUGUUCCAGCUUCGGGUGCAGGAAAACGUACGGGCCAAAUUUUGUUUGGGAUCUCUCUCACAAGUACAACACUGCCACCCCCAAGGACAUUGAAGAGAUCGGGGCUUACUUUGUGGGGACGAAGAUUGGCUUUACGGCGGACUACUUGAAGUACCAUAGCUUCUUGGAGUUCCGCGCCUCUGUGUCUGCUAUGGCAAUUAAGCACACAUACCAGCACACUUUCAACACCGCUCAUGGAGAGCAGUCAAACUGGUUUGCAAAGAUGCACGCCUCCGCCAUUAUGUCGUGGAUAGCCGUCCAGGAACUAUAUCCACUACAGCUACAUCUCAGCAUCAAGAUCGGCGACGAGGUCACGCCUCAUGCUCUCCAAGCAUACCAUGAGCACCUCCAUCUCAAGGUCUUUCCACCGAAGCACAAGAAUACAGUCAAAGAGCUUGUCGCUGAUGGGCAUCAGAAAGUCCACAUCAAAUGCGCAAACUCGCGCAAGCAUGCAGGCAAACCUCCCAGCCAUGGUCGCAUAAAGCCGUUUGGCCAUGGUUGGUUCAUGUUGGUCCAUCCUCGUGAUCUUCGCAUUCUGGCUGUCAGAUCCAUGUCUGUUCCGGAGAACAAUGAGAUCCUCUAUAAGUCGCUCCUCGAAAUCUUGCCUUUGUACAAGCACCUGGAUGGCCUAAUCAUGGACCGUGCUUGUGGCUUCUUGCCCACAGCCAAGGCUGACAAGAACCUGAAACAAAUCAAAUACUGGAGCAUCGACGGCUUCCACGCCAAGGGCCACACCAAAGGAUGUCCUUGCAACCCCAUCUACAAGAAGAGGUUGGCCAAAAGGUUCAAGGGGGUAAACUCCUCGGUGUUGUACUUUGUGAAGUUGCAUAAUUGUGCAGUGGAGCAGAAGCAGUCCAUGUACCUGAAUCGCUAUGUUCGCUCCGGUAAGAAAGCCAAGCGACCGUACUCAUGUGGCAAGAAGACAGAGAAGAAUCGCCGGAAGGUGGAGUACCCCUGCCCGGCGGGCAACGGCCGCGGGCCAGCCAAGGAGCUUGCCGCCCUCUACGCCUCGCUGCUGCCCGGGGCGCCGGCGCCUCUGCUCCAACCCGAGACCGUCGAGCAGAUCACGGCUGUGGUUUUUGCCUUUACCAGCAUGUGGUGGAUCGCCGCCAUCAUGGUCAUCCUCGAGAUCAAGCAGGUGGUGCAUGACAUUUUUCCGUUUCCUUUCGCUCUAACGGCGAUGGUGCAGCCAACUACGGCCCUGUGUGCCUGGCUGCUUUCCAGGCUGGUGCACUCCAAGCGGCCACCUGCACCACCGCUGCAGUCACAUGAGAACAUGUACGUCGUCGUCAUUGGCCUCGUGCAGGGGCUAGAAAUUGGCCUCACCAACAAAGCAUUGGAGUUCCUCACCGUGGCAGCUCGGACCAUGAUCAGCUCGACGAGCGUGCUCUUUAUGAUGUGUACAGCGAGGUUUUGGGGCCUAGAGCGACUUGGUCUACUCCGCCUCUGUUCCAGUGCUCUGAUGAUCAUGGGCGGCGUCUUCCAGUGCCAUGUGCCCGAGCUGCCCGGAGGCCGAUCCUCUGCCCACUGGCUUGGCAUGCUGAUGCAAAUGAUCUCCAUGAUCCUCAGCGCGCAGCGAUGGGCCCUCGCCCAGUUUGUGCUGCAGCGCUCGCCAGUGGGUUCCGGUCUGGCGCAGACGACGAAGCUCCAGCUGCUUGCCAGGACACUUCCCAUCACUGGCAUCGUGUGCCUUGUGCUGGCGCUGCUGUUUGAGAGGCAAAGCUUUAGCUCCGAUGUGACCGUGCCCGCCAUCCUUGGCUUCCGUGUGGUUUCCAUUGCCUGCGGCCUCACGGGCAUGCUAUACGCCGAGCUCAAGUUGGUGAGUCUGCUAUCUGCUGUGGCCUUCAACGUCUUGUCUACGCUCCAUCAGAUUCCCAUCGUCCUGGCAGGGGUAAUCCUGCAGCACAACACGGUCAGCAUCUCCUCGUGGGCGGGAUUUGCCUGCUGCCUGAUCGGCGCGCUCGUCUAUGCCAUCGCACGGUACAGCGAUGUGCACGAGUAG